AUGUCAGGUUCUGUGCCAUUCGACGGAGAAGCAUCGCGCUUUACAGAUGAAGCACAGCGUGUCUUAUCCCGCAGAACCAGGGAAAUUCAGGCAGAAGCAGGCGUUACAUCCUUCUGGACGCCAUCGUCCAUCAAAAGCCCAUCUUCGUUGGUGCGCUCGAUUAGCCCAACGGAUGAACGCAAGGGCCAGGAGGACCGGCCGUCCGCUGGCAUUGCAGCCAUUGGUACAGAGAGUCCCUAUAGACGUGCACGAGCUGGUACUGUUCCAUCUUCAUUUGGUGCAUCACCCGGAGGCGACAUUGGUUCGCCUGCGGGAACUUUGAGCUUCAGUUCCUCUCCAUUUCGGCCUGGCGCCAUUUCACCAUUGAGGACGAAGGCAUCAUUAUCUGCAUUGCCAGAGAGCUUGUCCCAGCAGCAGCUUUCCACGUCGCCCGCGUCCAACAUCAGUUCGCCAGCAGCUUCCCGACUGCGUGGAAAUAGCUUGACCUUGCCACAAAACAAGAACCCUUAUUCGAAUGCCUUUGGUCCAAGCAUCUUUUCUUCCACCUGGUCAGGCCGUGCUGCGGGCAAUGCAGCACAAGCCGCAUCUCCGGCCGCUUCAACCUCAUUCUCCAGGGAUGAUGAACAGACACCCAUCAAAACGCUGGAUUAUCUUGGUCUUGCAGACACACCCACUCCUCCGCGCGCCAUGGCGCCAACGGUCCCUGUGUAUGGCUCUUCGCCACUGCCAUUCAUUGGAGAUGGCAGCCGGCGCGAUGCAAAUCGUGUGCGAUCUUACUCCGUCAACAACAAAGAAAAGUAUGAAGAUUUUGAGGAAGACUAUGACAGUCAGCAAGCAUACUACCAGGACAUCUAUCGCACAACGCCUGCGCGCCCACGUUCCCGCACUGCAGGUAUUCUGGAUUCGCCACCAGCCUUGCGCAGUCGCAAUUACACGCCGUUGCAAUCGCACAUGGAGCACAACAUCACGGCCGCUGAUUUGAGCUUCGAGGAAGCAGAUGGGUACGCAGACCAUGGUGACGGCAGCUCAGGCUACAUGCAGAACCAACCAACACGAGCGUUAUGGCUCGGCAACGUGCCUGCCUCGACUCCAUCAGCGGCAUUGCUCGCCAUGUUCUCGCCCUUUGGCAGUAUCGAGUCCGCGCGUGUGCUGACACACAAGAGUUGUGCUUUUGUCAACUUUGACCAGCUAGACAGUGCAGUCGUUGCGCGUGGAACAUUCAACGGCAAGGAACUUUUCCCUGGCGUCGGACCUAUCCGCAUCGGCUUUGCCAAGGUUCCCGCACCAAAUGCUUCGGUAUCGCCUGAACCAUACCUCAACCUGGACAGCAAUGGCGCAGCAGAGGAUGCCUCCAAGCCGCCUACAAUUGCCAGCAUUGCCGAAGAGUUGCAAGCCUUGCUAGAUAAGUUUGAGACGCCCGACCAUGAAAGCAAGGCCGCCAAGGCGUUGAUCGCCAGCAGUAUCGAGCACUCGCGCAUCUACAAGGGUAUUUCUGCACCCAAUGAGGCGGCCACGAACCGUAAGUUUGAUGCGCCUCGCCUGCGUGACAUCCGCAAGCGCAUCGAUGCAGGUGUAUUGGCUCCAGAUGAGCUCGAGGGACUCGCCCUGGAGAUGCUUGAUGAGGUCGCAGAGCUUUCAUCCGACUAUCUUGGCAACACUGUCGUGCAAAAGCUAUUUGAGAAUUGUACAACUGCAACCAAGAUUAAGAUGUUGAAGCGGAUCGGACCUGCCCUUGCAGAGACAGGCAUCCAUAAGAAUGGAACGUGGGCUGCUCAAAAGAUCAUCGAUGUCGCCCAGACGCCUGAAGAGAAGUGGCUCAUUGUCGACUCGCUCCGAACGUAUAUUCCAGCUCUUUUCUUGGACCAGUAUGGCAACUAUGUCGUUCAGUGCUGUCUCAGAUUCGGAUCAGAAUACAACAGCUUCAUUUUCGAGGCCAUGCUGAGCAAUACCUGGGAAAUAGCGCAGGGUCGUUUCGGUUCCAGAGCCAUGCGCGCUUGUCUUGAGAGCAACGAUUCGACUGAAGUUCAUCAAAGGCUCAUCUCUGCUGCCAUAGUAUUGCACAGUGUCCAAUUGGCCACCAACACAAACGGGGCUCUGCUGCUGACUUGGUUGCUUGAUACUUGUACGCUUCCAAAGAGGUUCAGUGUGCUUGCAUCAAAACUGGCUCAGCAUAUCGGGCCACUUUGCACGCACAAGCUGGCGUCGCUGACCAUCCUCAAAAUUAUGAAUCAACGGCAAGAGACAGGAGCACGAGAAACUCUGCUCAAUGCCUUGUUCUUCAGUGACGAUGCUAGCAUCUUGGACGAUGUUAUCAGGGAUGCUGUCGGAGGACCUGGUUUCAUUUUCAAAAUUUUGAAUACGCCCUUCCUGGACCCAGAUCUGCGCACAAAGGCGAUUGCACGCGUGAGGCAGACAAUACAAAAGCAGAACAUUCAACCAAUAGGCCCAUACAAGCGCUUACUGGACGAGGUAGGCUUGAGCGGUCGAGCCACUUUUGGUCAAGGUCAGGAGAAUGUUCAACGCCACCCUCGGCAUGCUUCACACGGACAGCAGCACUCCUACAAUUCAAACUACUCGCAAGCGAAUCCUCGAAGUGCCCAUAUUGAUCAUGCUACGCUGAGGGCCCUCGGAGAGCUCUCUUUGCAAAACAACAAUUACGGCUCGGUGAACUCGCAGUCAAUGCAUCAACUCAGUCCUCUCCAAUAUCAGGCCAUGUUGCAGCAGGGCAUGCGACUGAGUCCCGGGCCCUAUGGACCCCCUGGCACCUAUUCAGUUCCUACUGGCACCCAUGCACAGACAGCUGCUUUGAACGCUGCUCAAAUCGCCGCCUAUGGCGGUGACUCCUUCUACCAACCGAUAUAUGGCGGCGGAUAUGCGCCUGUGAUGCCACCUUAUGGACGACGUCGUCAGUAA